AUGCCGGCCGCUAGCCAGGUAUUCGCGAUCGUGGAGUUGGCGGAGAUGAUCCUCGACCAGUUGGGGACGCGCGACCUGCUGCUUCUGCGACGAGUGGACAAGAACAUGCGCAACAUGAUCGAGGGCUCGACAAUCUUGCGUCGUAGAAUCUUCUUCCUGGCUCCAGUACCACACCUGCCCGCGGUUCCUCAGAAGAACCCAGUACUGUACUCGCUCGAACGCAUCCUUGACGACCUCAUCCGGCAAGGGUCACAGAGGUCAGCAUUCCCUCGGAUGCCCGACCACUGGACAGAUCCCGAGGCACUAUGGCAGCACAUGUUCGUGUCGCAGCCGUGUACAUCGCGUUCUUUCAGUGUGCACAUCGGCGAGCAGAUGAUCGCACGAGACGUGGUUGAGGACAAGAAGGGCCUGAAACUGAAGCAUAUCUGCAAUUUACUCGAGAAGAAUGCAUCAGCUCGGGGCAGAGCGAAGAGAACUAUACGUACUCUCACGAAGGGGAGACAGAGCUCGAGGCUGAGCAUACGCAUUGAUGGUGAUGAGGAUUGGGAGGAAGUGUCCUAA